AUGCUUAUUCCCUCUUUUUUCUUCACGGCUGCAAUCGUGGGUAUCGUGUCCGCAAGUGCAGGGUGCACACCUAGUAUGGUUGGUGAGAAAGGAUUCAUUGCUAAUUUUUAUUCCUAUGAGUUCUUAGGUGGAAAGGGAUGGGAAAAAGAUUUCUUUGUAUCUGGUUACAAAUCAGAUCUUUUAGAGACUGUACGUUGUGUCGAAAGCAUCAAUUUUCAGUAUUCUAAUCAGCCUGAUCAGAAGGUCUUGCACCAAACCAUUUAUGGGUACAGCACAACAAUCUCGAAUUACUCCCUCGAACUAAGCGGCUAUUUCGAAGCUCCAGAGACUGGACUUUAUCGGUUUCGUUUGGCUGCAGACAAUGGUGCGUCUUUGCAAUUCGGUGCUGGUCAAACCUGUUGUAAUGAUGCUUCUGGAAGUGAAAGCGGAGGUUUCAGCUUUAAAACUUUAGGCCCCCGAGGAGGAGGAGGAAGUACGAAGGUCAAUGUAAGAGACAUGUCCUACAGCCUUGUCAAAGGUGUUUACUACCCUGUAAAAUUAGUCAUGUUCAAUUGGCAGGGUAACAAUGGUCUUAAUUUGAAAGUCACCAAACCGUCAGGAAAUAUAAUUUCUGACUUUGGCUCUCAGGUAUUCCAAGCAGAGUUUGCCAACAGCAAC